GCGGCCGUCGGGCAGCAUGUUCCAGCCCACGCCCAAGCGCUGCUUCACCAUCGAGUCGCUGGUGGCCAAAGACAGCCCCCUGCCCGCGUCCCGCUCCGAGGACCCCAUCCGGCCCGCGGCGCUCAGCUAUGCCAACUCCAGCCCCAUGAACCCCUUCCUCAACGGCUUCCACUCCGCCGGCCGCGGCGUCUACUCCAACCCGGACUUGGUGUUCGCGGAGGCCGUGUCGCACCCGCCCAACCCCGCCGUGCCCGUGCACCCCGUGCCCCCGCCCCACCUCUUGCCCCGUCGGCCAGGGAACGAGACGAGCCCGGAGAGCUUCCUCUUGCACAACGCCCUGGCCAGGAAGCCCAAGCGCAUCCGCACCGCCUUCUCGCCGUCCCAGCUCCUGCGGCUGGAACAUGCCUUCGAGAAGAACCAUUAUGUGGUGGGAGCGGAGAGGAAGCAGCUGGCGCACAGCCUCAGCCUCACGGAAACUCAGGUAAAAGUAUGGUUUCAGAACAGAAGGACAAAGUUCAAGCGACAAAAGUUGGAAGAGGAAGGUUCAGACUCACAACAGAAGAAAAAAGGGACUCAUCACAUUAACCGGUGGAGAAUUGCCACCAAACAAGCCAGCCCAGAAGAAAUAGACGUCACUUCAGACGACUAAGACCUGGCGCUGGGACUUUUCCGACGAGCAAACAAAACAAAAACCCAAGUGUCGCAGGAUCACACACCCGGGAGCGGCGUGCGGGGGAGAGGCAGAGGCUUCAUCAAAAUGCAGUUCUCGUCUAGGAGGCAGCUGAGAGAGGCGCGGAGCGAGAGGUCCAAAAUGUGGCAUUGCUGGCACAGCUCUGGCAAAGGGGGAUCUGUCAAUCAAAACCUAUCCACCGAGACACGAUGAUUGACAGGUAUUCCGUUUCUCGCAGUCCACUUUUAAAAUCCAAUAACGACAAAAACAAAUUAAAAGAAAAAACCCCAAUAUAUAUAGAUAUAUAUACACAACCCCCCCCCCAACACCACCUAACAGGACAUUGUUUUGCACUUCACAGUUUUUUUUUCCCAGCCUUUACAAAGCAAAUGCCGUGCACAGUCCAAAUCCACACCUGUUUCAGAAACUUGAAUUGCAUGUGUUUAAAAAAAAGAAAGAAAGAAAGAAAGAAAAAGCCGUUUGGGGGUUUUUUU